AUGGAGCUGGAGGGGCUGACCAGAGCUUUGCUUCACCUUGAGGAGCUGGGUCUCAGGGUGGAAGUGGUCGUGACUGACAGGCAUGUGCAAGUCAGUGCCUACAUGAAGCGGGAGCACCCCCUUGUCCAGCACCGUUUCGACCUCUGGCAUGUCAGCAAAGGCAUCAAACAGAAGAUUGUAGCUUUGGCCAAGUCGCCACAGCACAAGGCCCUAGCAAGGUGGCUGGACACCAUCACCAGACAUCUUUACUGGUGUGCCCGCACCAGUGACAACCAUGGGGACCUCAUCCUCGCAAAGUGGACAUCGAUCACACGACACAUCUGUGAUGUCCACCAUCACCCCAACUCGCUGCACCCUGCGUGUCUGCAUGGGGAAGUACAGGAUCGACUCUGGAUUGAGGAGGGAACCGAAACCUUCAAAAAGUUGGAAUCGGUGGUCCUUUCCAGUCAUCUCCUCCGGGACAUACCCAAGCUCUCCUCAGACGAGCAGACAUUUUCACUGGAGGCAUUUCACGGUGUUUUAGUUCACUUCGCUUCCAAGUCUGUUGGCUACUGCUACGAAGGACUGCAGGUAAGGUGGGCAUUGCAUUAUACAGGAUAUUGUCACGGGUGGUGA